CCGGGACUGCUGCAAACGUUUAUCAGUUCCUGAAAGAAAGCUGUAACUCAUCUAUAAAUGCCGAUAUGAGCGCAUUCCCAGCAUGUUCAGUGGCUGGUAUUCCUGGUGUAAAGAAAUGGUAUUUUGCAAGUCAUGUUAUAUGCAGUUAUUAUCAGUUCUGCAGUUCUGACUGGGAGGAAAUAAAUUUUGACACACAGAAAAAUGAAGGCUCUCUCCAAACAAGUAUUGACGAAUGCCUGGGAGCCAUACAAAAUUUUGAGGAAGACGACAGUAACAGUAGAGAAUCACUGUCUAUGACUGAUAUCUAUGAUGAAGCUGCCGAAAGUCUGCAUCAGUUAGCUGAUAAACUGCCUGCCCCGGGCAAAGCAAUGGUUGAUGUAAUACUGCAGGCUGUUGAACGAGAUGGACCCAAGUUGAAAGACUGCUUACCUGUUAUCGGUGCCCUGAAACACCUGAGAGAAUGGCACUCUGCACAAAUCACUAUUGCAGCAAGCCAUUUGGACAUACACUGGCAAAAGAUUGCAGACUAUCUAUCAGCAGACUUUGUAUCUUCAGAUAAUGUCAUGAAUAUUAUUGAUUUAAAAGAACUCUGGAGAGGAAAGAUUCAGAUAUGGGAAAGAAAGUUUGGAUCAGAAGUUAGAUUUCCAGAAUUUUGUAUGAAGAGCACUUCAGCAAAGACAUUCAGCACUUCACAUUUAAGUUCUUGCUUCCAUGUUAAAAAAGAGCGACAAUUGAGGAAUACUGAUACUUUCCCAGAGGUUUUUCAUUACUAUGGUCCUGCCCUAGAAUUUUUACAGAUGGUGGUGCUCUCUGAUCUACCUUCUUUUUUUAUAUCGGAUCUGGAAUUCGAACUGAGCCUGGCAAGAAAGAGUAUCAAGGAGACAUCUGCGCUGCUUUUGGACCAGAUCUCUUCUCUCUCUGGGAAGGUUGGAGCUUUAUUUACAUUGCCAUGUAAUGUAAGCAGUGUAGUGAUCCCAUCCCCUGCCCAGCUGAGUACCAAGAAAUGGAAGGAAUAUAUGGCUAGGAGACCCAAGGUCAUAAAUGUUCCAGAAAUUGAACUGAAAGGAGAAUCUUGCCGAUAUUAUUUCCUGCUACAAGGCAAUGGCUCUGGAGGAUGUAAAGCAACGUUGAUUCAUUCAGCUAGCCAGAUCAAUGGUACGGCCACUCUUGCUGCAGUAAAUGGAAAGCUAAAGACAAAAGCAGAAGAAACAGAGUCAAGCUUUCAUAUUGCUGACUUUGUCAAGUCUCUGCCACAUUUUUGUGGAGAGGAGAUUGUACAGAGAGAAAGGAAACUGUCUCAUCUCCAAGUGUUUGCCUUGAAGGAAUAUCUCAAGAGAAAGGAAUUGACUGAGCAACCUCCAGUUAUUUCUACUACUGAGUUAAAAAACUUGUUAGAACUUACAAGAGAAUGUUUCUUGGACCUGUGCAACACUAGUCUUCCUAAACUUGUUCUACAGAACGUUGCCAAUAAAACUAGGUCACGCACUGUGGUUAUCCACUAUAUAUUUCUUGCAGAAUCUGAUUUAAUGGAGCCAAAUCCAUUGGAGUGGCCAGAAAGACAUAUUCUUCAGAAUUUGGAAAACUUUGAAAAAAACAAACAAAAAAUGAGAGCUUCUGUAUUUGCACAUUCAUCUGAGCAAUUGCUGGGGCAUAAAGAUAGCCAGCGCGAGUCGUUGACAUUGCUCGAUGCUAAAGAAUUACUGAAAUAUUUCACACCAGAGGGGCUACCGGUUGGUGAUCUUCAGCCACUACAAAUUCCCAAACGUGAAAGCGUAUUCCUUUUGACACCAGAGCUUACUCCUCGGAAACUCAGAGGUUUGCCUUUUGAAAAAGCAGCUGGAUGCCAUUAUCAUGGACUUGAGUACUGCCUAGAUAACAGAAGAGCCUUGGAGAGAGACGUGGGAUAUGCUGAACUCCAAACUCGUCUUAUUCGCUAUGAAACUCAGACUACUUGCACCAAGGAGUGCUGCCCUGUGCCAGUUGUCUUGAGCCCUCUCCCAUCUCCCGUAGUCUUGUCAGAGCCUGGAAGUGUCCCUGAUGGAGAGUCUUUACAAAGCGAAUUCAAAACAGAGGCAUCAAGGCUAAAAUGUAGAUCAAAAGACUUGGAUUGCUUUUAUCCCAAGAAAAGGCUAACCAAAUCUGAGAGUACAGAUUCCCUCCUCUCUCAGGCAAGCGGAAGUAGUGGGAGUCACUAUACAGUUGGUAUAAGGAGGAAGCACUCUGAAAGAUCCGUUUCUUUAGCUUCGAUGCCAUUGAAACAGCCUGCUCAGCCCCACAAAGUAACCACCAAGGUUGGCUCAGCAAGUCACGUAAGUGCAACCGAAUCUGAGACUUCAAAGCCAACUAAGGAAUCAAGAUCCCAGAAACAUACAAGGAUGCUGAAGGAGGUGGUUGCUAAGACUCUUCAAAACCAUGGAAUUGCAGAGGAUCACAAGUGCUUUGCAUCAUGCAGCCAGCGUCUAUUUGAGAUAUCAAAGUUCUACUUAAAGGAUCUUAAAACUUCUAGAGGACUUCUUGAUGAAAUGAAGAAAACAGCAAAUAACAAUGUUAAACAGGUGAUUGAAUGGGUUUUGGAGAAGACUGGCAAGUAG